CGUGAACUCAAAUCAAACCUGAAGAAGAAGUUCCAGUGUUUGUUUGAGGGCGUGGCUAAAGCAGGAAACCCCACCCUUCUGAAUGAGAUCUUCACAGAGCUCUACAUCACAGAGGGAGGGACUGGAGAGGUCAAUGAAGAACAUGAGGUCAGACAGAUUGAAAGAGCUUCCUGGAAACCAGACAGACCAGAAACAUCCAUCAAACAAGAAGACAUCUUUAAAGCCUCAGCUGGAAGAGACGGACCAAUCAGAAGAGUGAUGACAAAGGGCGUGGCUGGCAUUGGGAAAACAGUGUUAACACAGAAGUUCACUCUGGACUGGGCUGAAGACAAAAGCAACCAGGACGUACAGUUCAUGUUUCCCUUCACCUUCAGAGAGCUGAAUGUGCUGAAAGAGAAGAAGUUUAGUUUGGUGGAACUCAUCCAUCACUUCUUCACUGAAACCAAAGAAGCAGGAAUCUGCAGGUUUGAAGACUUUAAGGUGGUCUUCAUCUUUGAUGGUCUGGACGAGUGUCGACUUCCUCUGGACUUCCACAACACUGAGAUCCUGACCGACGUCACAGCGUCCACCUCAGUGGACGUGCUGCUGACAAACCUCAUCAGGGGGAAACUGCUUCCCUCUGCUCGCCUCUGGAUAACCACACGACCUGCAGCAGCCAAUCAGAUCCCUCCUGACUGUGUGGACAUGGUGACAGAGGUCAGAGGGUUCACGGACCCACAGAAGGAGGACUACUUCAGGAAGAGGUUCAGACAUGAGGAGCAGGACAGAAGGAUCAUCUCCCAUAUCCAGACAUCACGAAGCCUCCACAUCAUGUGCCACAUCCCAGUCUUCUGCUGGAUCACUGCAACAGUUCUGGAGAACAUGCUGAAAACCAGAGAUGGAGGAGAACUGCCCAAGACCCUGACUGAGAUGUACAUCCACUUCCUGGUGGUUCAGUCCAAAGUGAAGAGGGUCAAAUAUGAUGGAGGAGCCAAGACAGAUCCACACUGGAGUCCAGAGAACAGGAAUAUGAUUGAGUCUCUGGGGAAUCUGGCUUUUGAGCAGCUGCAGAAAGGAAACCUGAUCUUCUAUGAAUCAGACCUGACAGAGUGUGGCAUCGAUAUCACAGCAGCUUCAGUUUACUCAGGAGUCAUCACUCAGAUCUUUAAAGAGGAGAGAGGCCUGUACCAGGACAAGGUCUUCUGCUUUGUCCAUCUGAGUGUUCAGGAGUUUCUGGCUGCUCUUCAUGUUCAUCUGACCUUCAUCACCUCUGGAACAAAUCUGUUGUCAGAACCAACAACGAGCCAGUUGACCAGACCGUUUAGAAAAAAACCCAAACUGAAUCAUCUGCACCAGAGUGCUGUGGACGAGGCCUUACUGAGUCAAAAUGGACACCUUGACUUGUCCCUCCGCUUCCUCCUGGGUCUUUCACUGGAGACCAAUCAGAAGCUCUUAAGAGGUCUACUGACACAAACAGGAAGUGGUUCACAGACCAAUCAGAAAACAGUUGAGUACAUCAAGAAGAAGAUCAGUGAGAAUAUGUCAGCAGAGAGAAGCAUCAACCUGUUCCACUGUCUGAAUGAACUGAACCAUCGUUCUCUUGUGGAGGAGAUCCAAGAGUCCCUCACAUCAGGACGCCUGUCCACAGAGACACUGUCUCCUGCUCAGUGGUCAGCUCUGGUCUUCAUCUUACUGUCAUCAGGAAAAGAUCUGGAAGAGUUUGACCUGAAGAAAUACUCUGCUUCAGAGGAGGCUCUUCUGAAGCUGCUGCCGUACAUAAAUAUUAAUAAGACAUAUUGUAAAUGGCACAAGACAAACAUGUUUAACCUUUUGUUCAUCACUGUCUUCCUCCUCAGACUGAGUGGCUGUAACCUCUCAGAGAGAAGCUGUGAAGCUCUGUCCUCAGUCCUCAGCUCUGUGUCCUCUCGUCUGAGACACGUGGACCUGAGUAACAAUGACCUGCAGGAUUCAGGAGAGAAGCUGCUGUGUAAUGGACUGAAGAGUCCUCACUGUACUCUGGAGACUCUCAGAAUGAGUGGCUGUAAACUCUCAGAGAGAAGCUGUGAAGCUCUGUCCUCAGUCCUCAGCUCUGUGUCCUCUCGUCUGAGACACGUGGACUUGAGUAACAACGACUUGCAGGAUCAAGGAGUGAAGCUGCUGUGUGAUGGACUGAAGAGUCCUUACUGUUCUCUGGAGACUCUCAGUCUGUCAGGUUGUCUGGUCUCAGAGGAAGGAUGUUCUUCUCUGACCUCAGCUCUGAACUCCAACCCCUCCCAUCUGAGAGAACUGGACCUGAGCUACAAUCAUCCAGGAGACUCAGGAGAGAAACUGCUGUCUGCUGGACUGAAGAGUCCUCACUGGAGACUGGACACUCUCAGGAUGGACCAUGCUGGAGAGCAGUGGUUAAAACCUGGUCUCAUGAAGUAUUCAUGUGAACUGGAACUGGACACAAACACAAUGCACAGAAACCUCAAACUGUCUGACGACAACAGGAAAGUGACCAAUGUGACAGAAUAUCAGUGGUAUCCUGAUCAUCCAGACAGAUUUGAGUCCUGGUCUCAGCUGCUGUGUAGACCUGGUCUGACUGGUCGCUGUUACUGGGAGGUCGAGUGGAGAGGAGAUGUUUAUAUAUCACUGAGUUACAGAGGAAUCAAGAGGAAAGGCAACAGUUCUGACAUGUUUGGACAUAAUGAUCAGUCCUGGAGUCUGUUCUGCUCUGAUGAUGAUGGUUACUCUGUCUUUCACUGUGGGACACAAACACCCAUCAUGUCCUCUGUCUCUCAUAGAGUAUCAGUGUAUGUGGACUGUCCUGCUGGGACUCUGUCCUUCUACAGCGUCUCCUCUGACUCACUGAUCCACCUCCACACCUUCAGGACCACAUUCACUGAACCGGUUUAUCCUGGGUUCUGGGUCUGGGAUGGUUCCUCAGUGUCUCUGUGUCCUCUGUAAGACAUGAAGAGACAGCAGCUUCAGUGGUGGACGAGGUCAAAGCUCGUCUCAGUCAUUCUUUGUUGAAACCAUCAAUAAAUAAAGACUUAAAAAAUCAA